CCUCGCCGGGCUUCGGCGGCGUGAUGUGGCCGUGGGCAGCUUGCGCCGUCACGGAGAAGCAUCGCCGUGUCUCCUUCCACCCCUGCGAUACUGACCGAAGGCCGGUGCUUGCCCCAGUAUUCCACUGACUCGACUUUGCAACCCCCCCGGUUCUCCACGGCGCAGUUGAGAACCUCCGCGGGCGGGCAAGACACACGUCGCCGGUGCUGGCCUUGGGCAGUGCACGGCGCAAUUGCAGGCCGAAUUCUCGCCAGAGGGCCAUUGUGUAGAGUCGUCUUCACAAGAAACCGGUAAAGGGAGGGAAAAGAAGAAAGAAAGUAUGCGGACUAGGAGGUCGGGAAAGAUCUGGGGCGAGGACUGAGAGAGCGGGCAGCGAUCGUCCAAUGGCCGGCAGCGAAAAAAAAGACCGACGAAAGUUAAAGGCGGCGUCGGGUUGUUCGGGCUUGUGCCAACAACUUCGAGUCUUCUCCGACCUUCGACUAUUUUUUUUAUCCCCGAAUCCAACCCGCUCCCCCCCUCUUCUCGUCAUCCAACCAUGGCGACUCGUGAAGGGAUUAAUCCUUUGCGGCCAUACUAUAUCCCUCAGUCGGGCUUAUCGCCCACCGCCACAAAUGUCACUGCCGAAGUGACGUCGUCCUCUUCGGCCCAAGUGUUUGGGAGCACGGCGCGCGACCUCAUCCCGGAUAUUGACUAUGCCGACUACCUCGACUCUUCGCCGUCGGUGUCGGACUGGGUUCGCGAUGCUCUGAACCGUGCACUCGUGCGAUACAGCAAGGUUCUCACCGCCCAGCCCUUCGAUGUUGCCAAAACGAUCUUGCAGGUGUAUGUCGUGCCAGAUCCUAUAGAGGAACAGGAAGAGCGGAAGGGAGCUCCGGGAGCUGAAGGAAGCUCGUAUGACUCGGACUCUGAAUCAUCAGGAGAUGAGAGCAUUUACUUCACAUCGGCAGCGCCGGCCACACCGACCCCGACAACACCACGAUCCCGAAGGGGUCGGCACCAUCGCAUCACCGACCGCAGUGGCUACAUUCGCCCAGAGACGGCACCAGUCCCGUCCAAACAUGCGCUGACCCUCCGUAAUCCAAACUCCUUAAUGGAAGUUCUCUCCCAACUUUGGUCGACCAGCGGACCCAGCUCUCCGUGGAAGGCAUCCAACGCGACCUUUAUUUACUCGCUUCUCCUUCCAACACUCAACACAUUCAUCCGCAGUCUCUUGUCUGCCAUUGUGGGCUUGCCAGAGGAGGAUAUUGCCUCAUCUAUGGCAGCUGACAUCCUGACGGCACCUUCCCCGCUGGCCACACUCAUCCUCUCCUUCAUCUCAUCUUCCCUCUCCGCGAUCCUUCUCUCCCCCAUCGACACAGCGCGCACCUUCCUAAUGCUCACGCCAGCAACCCACGGACCACGAUCUCUUAUCCGCGCCAUCCGCCAACUCCCCACUGCCAACUGUACCAUCCCACCCCAUCUCGUCCCAAUCACCAUUCUCCACUCCAGCUUGCCCAACUUCAUCACGACAUCAGCCCCACUCUUCCUCAGAUCCUACCUGUCAAUUGACCCCCUCCUCAACCCCUCCAUGUGGAAUCUCUUUAAUUUCCUCAGCUCCGGCCUCGAACUCGCCGUGCGCUUCCCUCUCGAGACCGUCCUCCGCCGCGCUCAAAUCGCAACCUACACUUCCCUCAGUCUGCGCCAGAAAUCCUCCGGCGGCAGCAUUUCCGCUGCAUCUAUUGAUGCUUCAGAUGUAGAGACGAUCGUUCCUACGCCACGGACCUAUCGCGGUAUCGUGGGUACCAUGUGGCAUAUUGUCCACGAGGAGGGCGUUAGCUCUGCACCCUCUGACGCCGAGCGUGCCCGUAUCGCCGUCGGCCGACCUACCACCCAGCAGCAGGUGUCGAAGCGCCAACAGGGCCAGGGUAUCCAGGGUCUGUACCGUGGCUGGCGCAUUGGUAUGUGGGGUAUCGCUGGUAUCUGGGGAGCCAACAUCCUUGGUGGGUUUGCCGGUGCCAGCGAGGAAGAAAUGGCCGUGCUAGGAGGACGCGGCCGCUCCAGUGGUGGACGCUUCUAAACAGGAGCUCUGUUUCUUACAUUGAGACAUCCACAGUCAUCUUGGUGGUGCAAUGAUCUGUCCAUGUCAAGCAUUCUGAUCACCAAUCCUUCCAGUAUCAAGACCGUCCUAGCGUCUGUUUGAUGGCGUGCAGCCUGGAAUUCGGGUGCCAUGUUACGCGGCUGAUUUUUUUUUCUCAUCUUACUUGACUCUCCCCUCCUCCCUCUGUUCACACCGUAUACCCCAGGGAAUGAAUCCAGUGGCAGGCGACCGGCGUCGGUGAUUAAUUCCACAAUAUGUAUAAAAUCUCCAUUUCUACACAGUAUCCUGAAAUACGGAGUAAUCCAAUCUCUCCAUGAACCUUUUCCUCCUUGGCACUGAGUCAUUUCUAGAAACUAUCUCCUUUUGUCUAUACAGCUUCGCUAUACUACAUUUUGAAAUGAGAUGGUACAGAGCUCAAAUACUUCAAGAGCACCACACACAUCGUCAGAUUUUUU